AUGCAACGAGGAACUGGCUUUGCUUGCCGACGGCGGGGAGGAAUGGACUGCCAGCAGCAGCUUGCCAAACCUCAUGCAGCGAGGAAUCCAUGUGCCGGGUAUUUUAAUCGGUGCGGGAUAUCCGAGGAGAGGUUGAGUGCGUCGGAUGGGCGUCUCUCGCUCGUUGUCGCGGGCGCAAUGGGUAACAAGAGCUGGUCGUGA